AUGUCACCUCGGCCAUCAACCAGUGGUACUGCGAAACGGAGAGUCCUCCAUGAGCGCACUCCAUCUCAGACAAACGAGGGAUCGCCAAACCGCUCACCCAAGGAGAAACAGGGUAUCGACAUUUACUCGGCAACUCCAUAUCCAACCAAGCCCACCCAAGUGUUUUUGCCCCGGCCUGGGAUUGGUCAACCAUACGCUCACCAUGGCGCUUAUGGUGUUUCAGAUGUCUCGUUAGCAUCUGCUCAAACUGACCACACAGCGACCGGCCCUGCUGAUGAACACCACCAUCUUGACGCCGGCCCUCACGCCCCCUGGGAGUUCUCGUCCUCGGUCGACCUGGGACAUUCGUCGUCCCAGGUGUGGGAUGAUGACCCUCAGUCCAGCCAGUCUUCGUUUCCGACCCCGCUUCUCCCUUCUGACGACCCGGACGAGCACGACGUCACCUAUCAUGACGACAAGUCAAUCCUCAGCUUCCAACAUGUCGAUGUAGAGUCAAAGUAUCAGCCUCAUUCCGAAAGUGGCCCUGUUGACGCCCGCGGUACUGAGGAAGACGAAGCAGAAGACGACGACGACGACGACGUGGUCACGCUGCCUCCACCACUCCGGACGACUGUGAAGACCGUCUUCCCUGAACACUCGUCACCAAGGACUGAGCUCGCAACGUCUGACAACUAUGUGACCUACGAGCACAGCUCCAGUCCGAAUGUUGUACCAAUUGGCGCCCCUUCAAGCCCUAAUUUUGUAGCAUACGACAGCUCGAGCCCAAAUCUCAUUGCAUACGACAGCUCGUCGCCGCGAAUAAUGACUCAUGUACCAUCAGACUCGACUGGCUCGUCAUCCAACUCUUUGGGAACCGUGAUCCGCACAUAUACUGGCAAUCCGGGUUGGCCUGGUCCUUCACCUGAGCCAAAUUCAUCACAACCAGCGUCAUUUACCUCCAGUCCACCUGAACAACUCCUCCGGGAAUAUCAGUCCGCUUCGUCGCUGGCACUUUCAGCCGGUACUCAAUUGUCCCGAACUCGCACAGCGUCUAGUGGUAGUGGUCCCUCUGAAGGCAGCUCCCAGUUUGGUCCUGAAAAUACAGCCGCAAUCCAAUACCCUCGGAUAUGCGAGCCUUCUUCGUCAAGUUCAUAUGCCGAAUCCUUUAACCCGGGCUCGCAGGCAAGACGUGCAGUGCGAACAGCUUCCGACCGCUCAACUGGGCGAUGGAACCCUACGCUUUCUACCGUUCCUUCUAAUACACCCACCAGCAUAAACAACCAACCCACUUCUAGCGACCGCCAAGGCCUUGGUUUGAUCCCCGCGAAGAAAUCCAAGCUAUCAAUUGGGUCUGUUGACGAUAACACGGAACACCUGGAUCGCUUGUCAAGUCUUCCUCGUUCCACCUUGCGGCAUAUCCCGUCGUCUCUGAUGGGCAGCAACGAAUCUCGGCCGGGUUCCAGCUCCAGCGGCAACGUUAUUCUGAACAUGCUUCCGAACUGGGUCCGUCUUUACUACCACAGCAAUGGCCAGUACACUCAAAAUCCUGCUCAGUCUAUCCUCGAAACCAGCCGCCCCGCGACAGCUGCUUCUCGACCCGCGUCUCCUAUUCGAUAUGUCAAUCAAGCUCCAGAUAACCUCUCACUCCCGCGGAUACGCCCCAAUGACAAGCGAGUACAGCCAACCCGUCUCUUAGAGGACCACCCCGCCGAUCCUCGAAACCACUGGAAACGGGGACAGGGCGAAAAGGAUUCCUCAUCUGAGAUUUCCGUUCCCCAGCCGGUUGCCAAGCCACAUUCGCCGCAUCUUCAUCCAGACAAGGGUCAGACAAGCCCCCGACACACAUGGCUAGCGCCAUCGCUAGACUCGCGAAACGAGCCGGCGUUGGGAAGACGGAAUGUGCAAGUUUACUCUUUCUGCCUGGGCUUUGUGUUUCCAUUGGCUUGGGUUAUUGCUGCGUUUCUUCCUCUACCACCACAACCCAGCGGCGUUGACGAAGAGAUGGUGGCUGGUGCUAGUGCCAAGUACCGGAUUCAGCAACACGAAAAGAGACGCUAUCAGAGUGCACGGUGGUGGCGAAAUGUCAAUCGAGUGAUGAUCCCGGUUGGCACCGCCAUCAUAGCCAUAAUUGUCACUCUAGCUGUUGUGGGCACCACCACAGGUUUCAGCUAA